AUGCUGUCCUCUGCCUUGUCCACUACGAACACGUCGAUCGAUAAGGGUCUAUCGCCCUCUUAUCACCACUUUAAGGAGCGAUAUGACCUGGAUGGUCUUGUACAAGACGUCAAGCAACAUCUCGGAGAGUCCGGUGGCAUUUCGUCAGAAGAGGUCGACGAGGAAUACCUAAUUUCGCUUUUGAAGAAGUACGUUUCUGAUCCUAGUGAUUGGAUCAACUAUUUCUACAACGACACGAGCAAGAACUACACUCGGAACGCUAUUGAGAACAUCAACCAGAAAGCCAAUAUCCUUCUUCUGGUGUGGAACCCAGGAAAGGGUUCGCCCGUUCAUGACCAUGCCAAUGCCCAUUGUAUCAUGAAGGUCCUGGCUGGCCAAUUGCACGAGACGGUCUAUCACGCCCCAGACAACCAGACUGGCGAAGAAAAGCCUCUUCAAAUCAAAUCAUCGAACACAUUCGGGAUGAACGAGGUGACCUACAUUUCCGACGACAUCGGUCUACACCGCGUACACAACCCCAGCAGUAACCAAAUUGCCGUUUCCCUGCACCUCUACACUCCACCCAAUGCUGCCGAUUAUGGCUACAACAUCUUCAACGAGGCGACCGGAUCUGCAAGCUUUGUGCCACAGGCCCAUUCGGUCUCUAAGCCCCAGCAGAGCUGA